AUGGCCCUCAACAUGGACUUCCAGCUUGGUUCGUUCGAUGUCGUGACAACUAGUUUUUGCAUUAAAGCAGCUGUGAAAUCGGAAAUAGAGUACAGGAAUGCAAUUGCCAAGUUGAGAAAAUACUUGAAACCAGGUAGAUAUCUGGUUAUGUACAGCUCCAUAGGUCAGAAUUGCUAUAGAGUAGGCAAAGAAAAGUUCCGUCACUCUUUCGUGAGCGAGAAUCAAAUCCAAGAAACAUUACGCAAGGAGGGCUUUGGUGAGGCGGACAUGAAGUUACCAGCGGAACCAAGAAGGGAGUUGUAUGAUGGUGAAAAACUGUACUUUGUCGGCGCUACAGUCGAAAGUGAACAGUAG